AGCGGGUGGGGGCUAUAGGGGAAAUACUAUAGGAUCUCUUCUGACUAGGGUUUGUAAAUUUCUGUCCCCCCAUGGGGGCGGGACCGGGCAGGGUGAGGCGGGGCCAGAGACAUAUUAAGAAGCUUGUCAAUUUCAGUUGUUCAGACUUGCUUAGGACUUUCCAAAACUUGUUGGUGUUUCUGCCCCCCCCCCCACCUCCCCCUUCCACUCUGCUCCUCUUUCAGGCAUUUCUCAAGAUCUCUUUAAAUUUAAAAUUGGGGUGUGUGAAAUACACACCCGGGAAAAAAUUUGAGGGGAACCCCAUUCCCCAUUGGGAACAUCUGCCGGGGAGAAAGGAACCAUUUCUGCCCCUCGAGGUGGAGAACAACCCCCCAGGCUCCCACACAAAAGUGCUGAAAUAUGAUCACUUUUUUGUUCCUUUGGCUUGGUCUUUCUCGAGUGGAAUCCUUGACAUAUCCUGCAGUCAUAUCCCCCCAAGAUCCAACUCUGGUGAUUGGCUCUUCGCUCACCGCCACUUGCUCAGUGAACUCUGACUUACACCUGAAAGCAGAGGACCUGUACUGGACUCUGAAUGGCAGACGGCUCCCCCCAGAGUCCUACAAGGUCCUCAAUGGCACCACCCUCAGCGUGGCUCUAGCCAACCUGAACGGGUCGAGGCAGCAGUCAGGAGAUAACCUGGUGUGUCACAGCAGAGACAGCAGCAUCCUGGCUGGCUCCUGUCUUUAUGUGGGAUUGCCACCAGAAAAACCAGUCAACAUAACCUGCUGGUCCAAAAACAUGAAAGACCUCACCUGUAAAUGGGCCCCUGGCACAGAAGGCGAGACCUACCUCCACACCAACUACACCCUCAAAUACAAACUCAGGUGGUACGGCCGGGAUAACACGUGCCAGGAGUAUCGCACCGCAGGGCAGUACUCCUGCCACAUCCCCAAAGACCUGGCUCUUUUCACGCCCUACGAGAUCUGGGUGGAGGCCUCCAAUCGGCUCGGAGUGGCUGUCUCUGAAGUCGUCAUGCUCGACAUUCUGGACGUGGUCACCACCGACCCACCGGCAGACGUCACCGUGAGCCGAGUCGGGGACCUGGAGGACCAGCUGAGUGUUCGCUGGAGCUCCCCGCCUGCGCUGAAGGAUUUUCUGUUUCAAGCCAAGUAUCAGAUCCAGUACAGGGUGGAGGACAGUUCGGAGUGGAAGGUCGUGGACGACGUGGGGAACCAGACGUCCUGCCGGCUGGCAGGGCUGCGGCCCGGCACCGUGUACUUCGUCCAAGUCCGGUGUAAUCCCUUUGGCAUCUACGGUUCCAAAAAGGCUGGGAUCUGGAGUGACUGGAGCAACCCCACAGCGGCCUCAACUCCUCGCAGUGAUCGGGUCCCGGGCGUGUGCGACCCCAAGAGCGGCGAGCAGAACACCACGCUGCGUCGGGAGCUCAAACAGUUCUUCGGCUGGGUGAAGAAACACGCCUACGGCUGCUCCAACCUCAGCAUCAAGCUCUACGACCAGUGGCGUGUCUGGCUGCAGAAAUCCCACAAAACACGGAACCAGGUAGGUGCUACCCGGCGAUAAGCUGUAGCCCCCGCCGUGCUCGGCAGUGGCAGGAGAGCAGAGGGAGCACUGGGCCGGAGCUGCAUGGCACCCGCAUGCGGCUGGACCUCACCCAUCCCUCAGGAUUGGGGGAAAGGGUGUGGACUCCCCCCACCCCCCAAAAUCAUUCUUCUCCAACAGGGACAGUAAGAAAGACUUGGACUUUGACCGGCUUCCCCAGGCUCUCCCCUCCCAGCAUCCAGCCCCGCUCCCUGGCAGGGGCCCCUGGUGCAGCCUCCCUGUCACCGCUGGGUGGGGCUCCCAGCAUUGCCAAGACACCCCUGGUGCGGAGGGUCCCUCCCAGCACUGAGGGGGAGCCGUCAAUGCACACCCCUGAAGGGGGUCAGGCUGCUGUCAGCUGGCGGAGUCUGGACUCUGCUGCAGGUUGCCCCUGAGGCAGAAUUAAGAAGUGGGGGGCGGGAAUCCCCCCCUGGGCAAAGCGCAAACGACAGGCAGGAUGCUGCACACGCAGGCCCUGUGCACGGCCCCUUUACACUGCCCACACUUCACCAAAGGGCUUCAGCCUCCGUAAGAAUCCAUGAAAAUGACUGCCACCUCCCCCGCUGGGCCCCCUGGGGGCCCGAAGUCCAGCCCAGCCCUGCCCUCCCCCCCGCCACCCCCCACCCCGAGGUGUCAGGGAAACUGUUUCAUUUUCUGGCUCCACAUUAAACACCAGAGCGCAGAGCCACAGCCGGGGUUCUCCGAGCAUUGGACUCCACAUGGACAUCACCUCCGGGGCCCACACGGACUCGCUCAUUGCACACGCAGUGUCGCGUGGCUUUAGCCAACCCCUAGCUCGGUCUGCGGGGCGAGGGGGGAGGGGCGCACCCUUGGUUUUAUUUAAUAAAGGAAAGAAAACCAGGAAGAAAAAAGAUCUGGCCUGAGUGGGUGGA